UUCAGCAGCAUGACUCCUCCAAAGUUUGUUUUCUAUCUGACAUGUCUGCUUUUGGGCAAACUAGUCAAGAUGGAUCAUUUGAAACAACCUGCAGCAGUGCUUCAAGACAGAAGAUUUGUAUCAAUUGACAUUGGCGACAGCUUGAAACUGAAAUGCUUGGGCGACAAUGAAGCAAUGAAAAUAUUUUGGUACAAGCAAAUACUUGGUCAGAAGCCGGAGCUCAUCUGCAGCACCUAUAAAUAUGGCACAAAUGGCACUUUUCACAACGAAUUCCACAACAACCCACGUUUUACAGUGGAGAAUACAGACGGGGAGAGCGCCUUAAAAAUUUCACAACUCCAGGUUUCAGACACAGGGACUUACUUCUGUGCACGAAGUGUUUCAUUUAUGUUUGAAUUUGAGGAAGGGACCACAGUCAGUGUGAAGGGUUCAGGUUUGAACACUGAAGUUUGGGUUCAACAGUUGAGAACUGACACCGUCCAGUCUGAAGGGUUUGAUACUUUGAGCUGUACAGUUGAAACUGGGAGCUGCAAUGAAGAACACAGCGUUUACUGGUUCAAGAACUCGGACGAAGUCUUCUACACAUAUGGGACCAACAACUCUCGAUGCAAGAGGAAACCCAGCACACAAUCACUGUCGUGUGUCUACAACCUGCCGAUAAAGAAUCUCAAUCGGUCUCCUGCGGGGACCUACUACUGCGCCAUCGCAUCAUGUGGAUAUAUACUGUUUGGAAAUUCGACCACACUGAACUAUCAAGGCAAGUUGAACUCUCCUGGCUUGGUGUAUUUCUUGAGCGGAGCUUUGGCAGUCACCGUCGUUCUGAGUGUUGUACUGACCGUCUUACUGUACAAGUUGAACAAAAGAAGCAGGUGCCAGUCGACAGAGGGUCAAGCAAGAUUUUCAGCUCCGUCGAUGCCCGAAGCAGAGAGUUGCGAAGGCGCAGAAGACCUCCACUAUGCUGCGUUAAAUAUGAAUCGAAGCCUCAAAUCAAAAAGGCAAACUGUCAACACCAACAGUGAAUGUGUUUAUUCCAGAAUACAGAAAUAAACUGGACUUUUGUUUGUUACUAAAUUCCUUUCAGAGUUAUAGCAUAGAUCUAUUUGUACAUUUGUUAACAGGAACUUUAAAAGAAAUAUUGCUUCGUUGACUUGCUGUGUAUUUUAUUACAUAUAUAUACCUUCAAAUAAGAACUAGUCCCAAGGAAACUGUUGUCUUAAAACAACCAUGAGAUGUAAAACUUUUUUUUCUCUUGUUCGGAUGAAGUUGUAUUUCAAUUGUCUUGUAAUAAUGGUGAUGAUUUUUUUUUGGUAUGCAGGCAUUCAUUAAUUCAGCAUCUAAUAAAAAUGUAUAUGCGUCAUCAACAAUGCCAGCUUUGAAAACAGCUUUAAUGAAAGUAAUUAUACACAGAAAUCACAGGUCUUUCUGAUACUGAUGCACGUAGCCUUCAGCUGUUCACCUCUGUGUGCUCCAUUUAGUUUGUCUGUUUGCAUAGGCUGACUACGCAGUCUGUAAAUGUGUCCAUGAUAUAAUGAAUUGCUAGUGAGUCAGAUCCAUUUCAAACUGAAAGGUUUAGAGAUAUGUUGUAACUGUAACCUCACUGCAUGUUUGAUGGUAGAAUAAAAUAAAUCCAACAAAGACAGGAUGUGUGCAUGUGACUGUUUCAUUUCCUGCAGGUCAGCAGCACCCCGAACACCCCUCCUCAC